CUGUGUCCAACAGAACACACAAUAUUAAUCCCUUUCCUUAACGAAGCAAGUGUCCCUUAUGUGACGAAAACAGCUGCAACAAACACACACACACACACCUACCCAUAAAAGUGUGAAAGACCCUCAGUCAGUUGAGGGCAAUCAAACAAACACAAACCAAACAAACAACAAGCAAACACCAAUAAAGAUGAUGACAUUCUCAGCUCUUCCUGUUGCCUUCCUGAAUGCAAUUGUCCCCUCUUUGGUUCUCCCAUAUGAAUACAUCGUGAAGCUGAUUGCUCUGGCCGCUGCUUUCCUAUCUGUUGCCUUGGCUCACCGUUUGGUUCUUCGAAAAGAGUUUCCUGUGCAUCAUGAUGGUGACAUUCUGAUUUCUGGUACAUCCUCUGGAAUUGGAAGGGCCACUUGUGAGUGGUUGGCCAAGCAAUAUCCACACAUUACUUUUUAUGCUGGUGUGCAAAGGAUGGUACAGGGCUCUCCAUUUGAUCUGCCAAAUGUCAAGCAAGUCAUCCUGGACAUUACCAACCAAGAUCAUGUGGAUGCUGCACUUGAACUGAUCAAACAGGACCAACUUCCUCUUAUUGCUGUCAUUAACAAUGCAGGACUCUAUGACAUGAGCACAUUUGAAUUCAUGGGUGUGGACACUCUUCGGAAAAUCAUGGAAGUCAAUGUAAUGGGAACCUACAUGCUAACUCAAGUAGCCCUGCCAAUGAUUCGAAAAAGCAAAGGUCGAAUUGUUACAGUGAGUUCCAUCUCUGGACUCAUCCCAGGUGGACCUCUGCUCGCAGCCUACCAAGGCUCCAAGCAUGCCCUUGAGGCCAUGUUUGAUGCCCUGCGAGUAGAAGUUGCACCCCACGAUGUCUCUGCGAGCCUGAUAGAACCUGGUUUCCUACAAAGCAAUAUUGUGGAGGAAAUCAAAUGGAUGCAAGAGACAGCAAGCAACAACUGCAACAACCAAGCAAUGGAAGUCUAUCCUGAACUUAUGGGCGAACGGUACCUGAGCCUGUUCACUGAAAUGGCCACGACAACUGGAAGCAUGGAAGAAACAUGCAAAAGCAUUGAAGAUGCCAUUUUUGACAAGUAUCCUCAACCCCGCUACCUGACCUCAAGAGUUGGAGCUUUGCCAGCAUGGCUAGCUGCCAAGGUAGUGAAUCGACUUGCUGAUAUUGCCCUGCACAUGGAGACAAUUGUGUUCAUGCUGCGCAUCCGUGUCUCUAUUGAAAAGAUGCUAGGAGUAGCCAAAUAAUUGAAUUAGCAACCAAACAAGAGUAACC